AAUUGAAGUUGCCUUGCCAUUGGGCUAAAAAGAAAUACGUAGUGAAAUUUGGUCCGUGUAUGAAACGAUGGAGCGAGGAGCGAACACGAUGCCCCUAACCUCUUUCUCUUCUUCUUCUUCUUCAUAACCUUCAUAAUUUCCACACUCUUUCUUUUUCCUCUUUUGUAUUCUUCUUAUUCACCAUUGAACUUUGAACAACCUCAUCAAAUGGCUGCUCAAUCCCCUCCCUCUUCUCUCGACCAUGCCCUUCGUGAUGUUGACGAUUACGUUUGGGCAAAUGAACCCGAAGGUUUGGCAUCGGAUACACUUCAUUAUGUGUAUGAGCUUGUACAGAAUGGCAAUGCGGCAUUUCGAGAGAACAGAAUGGAAGAGGCAAUCCGCUUUUACACAAAAGCCAAUAACAUCAAAUCUGGUGAUCCGAUCAUACUCAGCAAUCGAAGCGCAACUUAUAUUAGGAUUAGCCAAUAUUUAAUGCACAGAACAUCGUCAUCUUCAGAGCAUAGGCCAUUAAGUGGGCUUGAUCCCACAAUACUUGCCGAACUGGGUUUGAAGGAUGCUGAGAAACUUGUUGACCUCCAAAGUAAUUCAGUAAAAUCUUACCUUUUAAAGGCCAAUGCUCUUUUUCUGUUGGAGAAAUAUGAGGAUGCCCGGGAUGCUAUUCUUUCAGGCCUUCAAGUUGAUCCUUUUAGUAAUUCUCUUCGGGCUUCUCUUCAAAAUUUGGAAAGGGUGUCAUCUAGUUCAACAGGGAUGAGUACACAUGGACAAAUAGAGCGUAAUGAUGACUUUGAUUGCACUCUCUGCCUGAAGUUACUGUAUGAACCUGUUACAACCCCUUGUGGACAUUCUUUUUGCCGUUCUUGUCUAUUUCAGUCAAUGGAUUGUGGGAACAGAUGCCCAUUGUGCAGGACAGUUCUAUUUAUUAGUCCUAGAACGUGUUUCAUCAGUGUGACAUUGAAGAACAUCAUACAAAAGAACUUUCCCGAGGAAUAUGCUGAAAGGAAGCAAGAGCAAGAUGGUUUAAUCAACGUCGGUGUAGAUUUUCUCCCUCUUUUUGUCAUGGAUGUUGUCAUACCAUGUCAAAAGUUUCCACUCAAUAUAUUUGAACCUCGGUAUAGACUUAUGGUGAGAAGAAUAAUGGAAGGGAAUCAUCGGAUGGGAAUGGUUAUAAUUGAUUCUUCAACAGGUUCCUUAGCUGAGUUUGCCUGUGAAGUGGAAAUCACAGAGUGUGAGCCACUUCCUGAUGGUCGUUUUUAUAUAGAGAUUGAAAGUCGCAGAAGAUUUCGCAUCAUCCGUUCUUGGGAUCAAGAUGGGUAUCGUGUUGCAGAGGUUGAAUGGAUACAGGAUAUUAUGCCGCCAGAAGGGACAAGAGAAAGAGAGGAUUUACAGGAAUUGACAUAUAAUGCAGCAGAAAGUGCUCGAUCAUGGAUAAGAAGAGCUAAAGAAGCAGCAAGACAAGGUAAUCAAAGAAGACUUGAGAGACUCCAGAUGGUUGAAGCAAUGAUACCCUCGCUACGGGACCCAGAGCGCUUUAGUUUUUGGCUGGCUACCCUCUCCAACAGGAGGCCUUCGGAAAGAUUGGAUCUCUUACGCAUAAGAGAUACCACAGAGAGGAUUAGACGAGGCCUGAUAUUUCUCCGAGCUGAGGAACAAGGCUGCAGAAUUCAGUAAGAAAAGUCAAGGAGGGCUACCAUUAUUAUCACAAUUGAAAAUUUGUUUAUUACAAAUCCAUUUACAAGUCAAUCGCUAUUCUUUGGCCUCAUAAAAUGACUGUUAAUGAGGUCAUUUUUGUUGUAACAUAGGGUUGAACCCAGUUUUUCUAAUAUAUAUAAUU